AUGGGGCUGGUCAACUACACUCUGGUGACUCAUUUCAUCCUCUUAGGGAUCCCUGAUGCCGACGGCUUCCAUAUCAUCCUCUUCAUCACCUUCUUAGUCUUCUACCUCUGCACGCUGCUGGGCAACCUGCUCAUCUUCUCAGCCAUCCUCGCUGACCCCCGCUUGCACACCCCCAUGUAUUUCUUCCUCUGCAAUCUCGCCGUUCUGGACAUUGGAAUCUCCUCCAUCAGCAUCCCUAAAUAUCUGACCAUCCUCUGGGGUCAGAGCAGGGUCAUCUCGCUGGUUGGGUGCAUGUCCCAGAUCUUCUUUGGGCACUUCCUGGGCAGCACCGAGUGCCUGCUCUACACCGUCAUGGCUUAUGACCGGUAUGUGGCCAUCUGCCACCCACUGCGGUACCUGCCCAUCAUGAACCGGAGGGUGUGCGCCCUUCUGGCCGCUGGCACCUGGAUCACCAGCUCCUUCCAUGCCACCAUCCUCACCAGCCUGACCUUCACGCUGCCCUACUGUGGGUCCAAUGUGGUGGACUAUUUCUUCUGUGACAUCUUCCCGGUGGUCAAGCUGGCCUGUGCAGACACGUACGUCAUUGAGACCGUGACCUUGACAAACAUUGGUCUUGUGCCCAUAACUUGCUUCCUCCUCAUUCUCUCAUCCUACAUCAGGAUCAUCUACUCUGUCUUGAAUAUGUACUCGGCCGAAGGGUGGCGCAAAGCGGCCUCCACUUGCACCUCGCAUCUGGUGGUGGUGACGCUGUUCUUUGGUCCCUGCGCCCUGGUCUACACUCAGGCCCUGCCAAGCAAAGUGCUGAUGACUGCUGUGCAGAUCUUUGGCAAUGUGGUCACACCCAUGCUGAACCCGGCCAUCUAUACGCUGAGGAACAAGGAGGUGAAGGCAGCUCUGAAAAAACUGAGAGGGGGUCAAAUGCCUGCACGUUGA